UGACAGAUCAACUGUAACGUCGGGACGCUGAGCUGUUUGAUUGUUUGCAAAUUAAUUCCUGCGAAAAUGAUACAGAGGACCGUUUGUGGUUUUUGUGAGAAGACUGCCAGCUCCACAGUGGUCCCAAGAAGCGAACAUGUGAAGGUGUUUCAGUACUUCAAAAAGAACUACAAGAGCACUCCCACUCCAAGUCCUGUGUGCCAUGCUUGCUACGAUCGGGCUCUCAAUAUAUAUAAGAACUCCCUGGCCAGACGCCAGGCUACACACACAGAGAGCAGCGACACAGCUAGUAGGGCUCUGAAUACUUCCAACACAUCUUCCAGCUUCUCUUCCACAUCCUCACCGAAUCAAUCCUCCUUCGAAGGCAUUCCGGAUGCUCAACUCGCCUCUCGGGCCAGUGAGAAAGACUCCCGCGAAGAAAGGGGCGUCACACUUGAGGCCAAUGUAGGUUCUCAACAGCCCAGAACGCUGCCGGAAUCACUUCCUGACUCACAGCAUGGCGCUGUCGAGAUUGAGGACAUUCCACCCUUUCUUCCAGAGCCUGAAGCACAUGAAGAUGCCAACACGGAGAGUCAGUCAUCGGGAUCACCAGCUGAUCUGUUGGCUUACACGCCGGAUGAAGAUUUGCAGAUUGAGGGACCUCUCCCGAAGAGACGACGCGUGGUUGUGAAUGAGGAGGAAGUCACAGAGGAGAGGCAGGAAGUGGAGGCGGUGCCAGCUGCAGCUGAGGAAGUCAGCGAGGUGGUUCUAGAGACGUCUGCGCAACUUUCAUCCAGAUCUUCGAGCAGCUCUUCAGAUCCUGUCGACAUUGAGCAACUCAUGAACGCAGACGACGAAGUCGUCGAAAUCACUGCAAGUGAAGUAAAUCAGGAACACAACGAGCCCAUCCGAAUCUCAACUGCGGCUCCUUCUCCGCGCAAUCCCAGGAUGAGGGACCAAAGUAUUCAGGAAUUAUUGGGCAGAAUCAAUACGAAUCGUGCACUCGUGGCGGACUUGGUGAAUCGUGGCCCAGGAUUUGUUAACAAUAUGCCAAGGAAUCAUGCUGGCUGAUUUC